AGAAAUGUCAGUAAUGCACCAAGCAGGCAAAAUCCUCAAUACAAAUAUGACAGCAAGACUCAUCAUGGCUUACCCCAAAUAAAUGGUACGUACACUAUGAAAACUGAACUUUGCGCCAUAAAUAAAGUUUAUGAGCAGUUAUGUGCCAGAUACCGAUCAGCUUUUUUUUUUUAGCCUAUUUUACCAUUUCUACAAAUUCUUUAAAAAAUAACAUUGGGUGCUUUUGCUAGUUAAAGAAAUAAGUAUCAGUUAUUAAUAAAGAUGCAGUCAUAAUUACACCAUCAUUAAAUAUCCUGACAACAAUAGCUUGUAAAUUCACAGAUCGACAAAAUUAACAUACAAACCCCAAUUGUUAAAAAGUAAAGUACCCAUCAAAUUUAAAAGGAGUGAAUGUUGGUGGUGUUUUUAAUUGAAUAUGGGUCAGCAGGGAAUUGCAGGUCAUUGUAUUUUGUUUUGAUUUAUGUUUUACACGUCCCAAUUUAAAUUCUCAGCACUGGUGGCUCAGUUGUAGGUGUUCCACCUGCCAUGCGAAAGGCCCGGGUUCGGGUUCGAGUCCCAGCCAGUGUCCAAACCCUAGCCACUGGAUGCAGUGCCUGUCCCACGCCCGGAUACAUCGCAUGUAGGUUUUGCAAAGCAGGCUACACGGGCAUUCGAGUCUGACAGUAAUUUACAGACGGUCCCUAACUCGGUGUGAUGAUCUGCGCGGUAGGUGAGGUGAUGCUGCCGGACUGAUCGCCGCCUGAAUAUCCAGCAUCCAGGCCAACUUCACCGCGGGCUGCUGAUGCGGCAUGAGCGGAUCCGCUGCUGCCAUGGCGAUGGGGAAAUGGCUGCUGUACGCCGGUCUCGCGCUCGCUCUUCUCGCUCUGUGCUUCCUGACGGUCGCCAUAUCCUCCGAUCACUGGUACGAGACGGACGCCCGGAGGUACAAGGACCGCUGUCGGGCUUUCUCGAGCCGCCGCACCGACCCGGGCUUCAUCUACAUCCCGAGCCACAGCCUGCCGCUGCGCGAGCCGCGGCCACUGAUGCGCGAGCGGCGGGAGCUGUUCGGCGCGAGCGCGGCGGACGAGUGCAAGCGCCGCUACAACUCCACCACCGUGGGGCUGUGGAGCAAAUGCUACCGGCUCGGCUUCGACCGCAACAUCGAGGAGCUCAUCAAGAAAGGGACUAUUGAGAGGUGCUCCUACAUCAAGUACUACUACACUGCAUCGACUUUGGUGCGAAAGGAUAUGUCUUACAAUAUCACCAAGACCAUUCAGCAGGAUGACUGGCAUGCCUUGCAUCUGCGUCGGAUGACAGCAGCCUUUAUGGGCAUGGCUCUGUCCAUCAUCCUGUUUGGCUGGACAGUAGGACUGCUGGGCUGCUGCUGGGAUCAGGGCCUCAUGCACUAUGUGGCUGGCCUGCUUUUUCUUAUGGGAGGUACGUUUUGCAUCAUCGCCCUGUGUACUUGCGUGGCUGGCAUCAACUUUGAACUUUCCCGCUACCCACGUUACAUGUUCAGCCUCCCAGAUGAUAUAAGCCAUGGCUAUGGCUGGUCCAUGUUCAGCGCUUGGUGUGGUUUGGGUCUGACUCUUAUUGCUGGUUUCUUCUGCACUCUGGCACCUUCUAUUCAACCUCCACCACCACCUAGUCGUACCACCUACCCCAAAUCCCGCAUGGAGAAUGGCACGGUGUGCUAAACUACUACAGGAGGCAUGGUAGAAUACAUGCCUUAAAUAUAAGUGACAUUUUGAACUUUUUAAUGUAAGCGUGGACAGCCUGUGCGU